UCCGGGUGGCUGCGGGCAGCGGUGGCGGCUGCGGCUGCGGGGUCCGGGUCGCAACCAGGGCCAGGUCGCAGCGAGUUCGGAGGCGGAACGCCUGAGGGCGGCGUCCCCACGCGAGGUGACCCCGUCGGAGGGAGCGCACCCCAACCUGCGCCUCCGCGUCCCAGCAGGACCGUCAUUCUGGCCUCCGUGGGCUGAAGCCGGGGCUGGGGGCUCCAGCCCUCCCCUCCCAGGAGGCUCCCUGCCAAGAUGGCGUCAGCUGGAGAUCCCCCGACGGGCCAGCGGGAUGCAGCAGACCAGAACUUCGACUACAUGUUCAAGCUGCUGCUCAUCGGCAACAGCAGCGUGGGCAAGACGUCCUUUCUGUUCCGCUACGCCGACGACUCCUUCACGCCCGCCUUUGUCAGCACUGUGGGCAUCGACUUCAAGGUCAAGACCGUCUACCGCCACGACAAGAGGAUCAAGCUGCAGAUCUGGGACACGGCAGGCCAGGAGCGCUACCGUACAAUCACCACAGCCUACUACCGCGGAGCCAUGGGCUUCCUGCUCAUGUAUGACGUCGCCAACCAGGAGUCCUUUGCCGCCGUGCAGGACUGGGCCACGCAGAUCAAGACCUACUCCUGGGACAACGCUCAAGUCAUCCUCGUGGGGAACAAGUGUGACCUGGAGGACGAGCGUGUCGUGCCCACUGAGGAAGGCCAGAGGCUCGCUGACGACCUUGGUUUCAAGUUCUUUGAGGCCAGCGCCAAGGAGAACAUCAACGUGAAGCAGGUCUUCGAGCGCCUGGUGGACAUCAUCUGCGAGAAGAUGAACGAGUCCCUGGAACCCAGCUCCAGCCCGGGCAGCAAUGGGAAAGGCCCGGCCUUGGGGGACACCCCACUUCCGCAUACCAGCAGCUGCCCCUGCUAGAGAUGAUCCCUCACCCCUGCCCACCCCCUCCUGCCUCGGCAGGAACAAUGACUGAGGCAUGAGCCACAAGGGCUGUUUCCAAGCUCAGGGCGCCCCCUCCCCUCCCAUCAGCCGCAUUCCCCCCGCCCCCUGCCAGCUCCCGCAUGGCGCAUUCUCUGGCCAUGGCCACCAGCCUGCCCCAGCAGCCCCUUUCACAGGCUCCAGGCCCUGGGGACUCCACACUGCAGGCAGAGUCUGGGGAUAGGGGCGUGCACGAGCUUGCUGCUUUCAGGCGUCUUCAUGGGGGUAGUGCGGGCAGCGCGUCCCACCCCGCCUGGUGGAAGGGCAUCCACAGUGCCUUCUGGGUUAGAACCACUUAUCCACAAACGUUUCUUUGUCGGGCAUUGUCUGGAGUUCACGUGCUGGCCAAAGAUGGUUCUUCUCCCUCGUGCAGUGGGGAUUCUCAGACUUCAUCCCUGGAGAUGUGGAAGGCGGCUCCUUUCUCAGGGUCACCCAGUCUGCUUGUGAACCUUCUCAGACCUCGAGGCUCCAAGGCAGGGUGGUGAUUUCGUCCUCCCAGAACCCUCCUUUCAGGCCUGCACAUCCUCUGCCUGUGAAAGCAGUAUUAAAGCAGCUUUUCCUGUUGUAAGAGAAGAGGGAGUCAGACCCCCCCACACACCCCCUGUUCCCCCAGCCUGGCUUCAGGGACCCCAGAAGUGCCUUCCGAGCUUCCCAGAAUUCCACAUCACCCACGACCCUGCCACUGUUUCAGCUUAUCCACUGCAUCCCUGAUCCAGAACUGAAUUCUGGAGCUCUGGGCCGCAUGGGGCCGGGCAGAGAAUCACCCAACCCUUGGCGUUCCUGCCGGGGACCUUUUACCAGAAGUUAACUCAGUCAGGAGUCUGGGCUCUCUUGCCCAGACCUGCCUCCCCCGGGCCCUGUUUGGCUGGUAAUGUUUUAAGCAAGGUUCUUUCCACAUCUGACAUCCUGCUAGAAAAGGAAAUUGAGCAAUGUUCCUGUUUUCCUGUGCUGGCUGGUUGCUCUCCAUGUAAGGACUGACUCCUUCCACUUGAAAAAGCUUGAAGACGCAGUGUUGGCUACCCGAGCCACGUCAUCGCUAGGGUCCAGUGACGUUCUCUGCUAAUGGAAGAGUCACGCGAAAGAAUGCUCUGGGGUUGGGCUGGAGGGGCGAGAAGGCAGGGUUGGGUAACUGCUGUGGCCGCUUUCAUGUCCCAGGUGCAGCUUGGGAGUGGCGUGCUGAUGGGGGAUGGGCGGGGAACCAGUCUCCCUGGUUGAGGCACUAGUGGGGAGCCCAGCAGGUUGGGGUCCCCAGCUACUAGGGGCUCCUGCUGAGAGAUAAUGUGCAGUUUGGGGAUCUACAUCUUGACACACACACACCCCAGCCCCAUCCUCAGCUCAGUGGCCCUUCCUGCCCACCAGAGUCCAAACCUGGCGACAUGAUACCUCCUUCUACCAUGGAACACUGACACUCCAGAACUUGACAGACACUGUGAGAAUGGCCGAGCGUACGGUUUGUCCAGUCUCCCAGCCCCUGGCGCCAAAAUGACCUCCCGUAGUCUUAAGGAUCUCUGCUGCUUCCUUCCAAGAGUGGGGAAGGUCUGGUUCAAGGUUAAUGUAGUUCUUACUUUUAUAGAAGCUGGAGAUUGAAUUUAUUUCUAGAGGGCCCUGUUCACCCCAAUCCACGGGCUGUCCUUAGAGCUUCAAAGUGGGGAUAUCUCUGUAUACCAACAACUGGGCUGUGAUGAAAAGGACACGUUCUUGGAAAUGCACCCGUGAGAGAGUAUCUGAAGGUUUGGGGUGGGAGUCCAAAAUGUUAAUUGCUUUAACAUAAAAGAGAAAGCAGCUAGAAAAUGGCUUCUUAAGAUGCACCAUGGCCUGUCAAGACCCUGUGGGGCAGUUCAUUUUCCUUAAACUGCUGCCAGAAAAAAAUGGUGGUUCAGAGUGUCACUAUCUGAGGGACCAGCUUAUUUGUCAUCUCCCGUGAGAUUAAAAAAAAGCAGCUUUGGCUGUAUCUUGUACCUGACCUGGCCUAAGCUUUCUGUUUACACAAGAUUUUUCAACAGUUCAGCUUCAAGUAGCAACUGAGACAGCUGCCUCUGGGUUCUCUUAAGACUGGGAAUGAUGUAGGAGAAUUUUUCUUGUUUCUUCUAAAAAUAAUGUAAGUUUUUAUUUUGUGAUGUUUUGGGGGGGAGCUUUAACUCCUGAUGGUGUCUGAGGAACUGAAACUGAUGUCCUCAAAGAUCACUAGGAGAGAAUGGGAGUUUGCUGAGUUUACAAACAAAAAUUAAGCUAAAGGCUGUGGGAAAACAGCUUCCCAACUCCAGGGAGGCUGGCAUCUGGGGAGGUCACUUGAGGCUGUAUCCUGCAUCUGUGCUAUGCCUUCUUACCAUUUGCUUUCAGCAACUUGUCCUUCCACAGGCAAUUUCAGUGGGAAAUUGCCAUGACUGCCAUCUGGGGUUAUGCUUUUUUCUUUUUCUUUCUUUGGCUUCUCUGGGGAUCAUGUUCUUAUAUCUUUCUCUCCUAUUCCACUGAAAAACAAAAAAACAAGUAAGUGGUGAAAUUUGAUCUCAGUGUCGAAGUGCUGAUUCUGCUAACUGGCUUCUCCCCAAUGAUCCCAAAACACACUAUAGAGAGAGCUCUGGACCUGAUCAUUUAUAUUCUGGGUGUGGUUCUCCUGUGUAAGCCAUUCUUUGAUGUUCACUUAUAAAGAUGUGCUCUUUUCUCCACAAGAAAAAAAAAUUAAAGUUGUUAUGCCCAGAUGCGGUUGUUCUUUUAUUGCCAUUAGUGAAAUGUCCUCCAGGAAGAGGACAGUUAAAUCACAAGUAGAUAGUUGGGCAAGGGCCAUGUGUGAUGCUGCAGAACCCAAAUCAGGACAGGGAAGCUCAGGUCUGGGGCUGGCUCUAGCUGGGCCUCGUGGUCACCACCUUGGCCCUGGGAAGUUCCACUGCAUGGAGGGCAGAGGAUGAUGUUGCCUCAACUAAUUCUAGUAAGAAGGUCUGUCCUCCCCAUAGCAGCCAGAGGGCGCCAGUGAGUACCUGAGUCAGGUCACGUCCCUCUGGUGCGAGCCCUCCAUGGCUCCCACCUGACUCAGAGUAAAUGCGUAAGUCCUCCCCGGGGUCCACGAGGCCCUGCUUGAUCUGACCUGUCACCUCACUCUCUUCCCUGUCACCUGCCCUGUCACUCUUCCCACUUGCCCCCCAAAACUGCUCUGCCCCUCCUUGCUGCUAUUUGAACACACUAGGCCCCUGCCUCAGGGCCUUUGCACUGGCUGUUCCCUCUGCCUGGAGUCACAUGGCUCCCCUCACUCAUCCCCUCUUUCAGGUCUUUGCACAAAUCUCACCUUGUUGACCCACCUCCCUCCCCAACACCAGGGUUAGGACUGUAAACCCUCCCGCAGCAUUUCUGUUGCCCCUUUCCUGGUGUCCUCCUCUCUACAGCCCCUAGAAUCUAAAAUACUAUAUAAUUUACUCAUUUAACUUAAACAAGUGUCUCCUUCACUGUAAUAUCUGCACCUCAAAGGCAGGGAUUUUUUAAUUUUUUACUACCGCACCCAGCUCUUUCCUGUCUGAUACAAAAAAAAAAAAAAAAAAAAGAAAGAAAUAUUUGGUCUUUGCCCCUGGUUCUUGGCAAAGAGCUCCUAAAACCCUUGGAAUGUCCAGAGUGAUAAGAGCAUCUUUUGUUUACUAAUGAGAAGACAAGCUAGGCUGGGGACCCCUAGGUAGCUUCAGGAUGGGGCUGAUUGCCAGAAAGACCAAACCAUGAUUAGAGGGUUGAGACCAUCAGCCGCAACCCCUGGGAUGGAGCUCCAGGGAGGAAAGGGGGCUGGAGAUUGAGUUAAUAACAAAUUGUUGGGACUUCCCUGGUGGUGCAGUGGUUAAGACUCCGAGCUCCCGAUGCAGGGGGGCCGGGUUUAAUUCCUGGUCAGAGAACUAGAUCCCACAUGCAUGCCGCAAUGAAGAGCCCGCAUGCCGCAACUAAAGAUCCUGCACGCUGCAGUAAAGAUCCCGUGGGCUGCAACUAAGACCUGGCAUAGCCAAAUAAAUAUGUUUUUAAAAAAAUUG